AUGGGUCAGACGGCAAAAGACUACUUGGAAGAUCAGCAACUUCUCAAGGUGCUACGACAUCAGCACCAUCGGCUGUCCCCGGGCGAGUCGAAGAACAUCCACAGCUGCAUCGGCCUGUGGCUACGCGACGGCUGCCUCGCGAAACUGGAACAGCUGAUUCUAAGCGGCUGUGGUGACCUGCUGACCGGGCGCCAGUCGAGCAAUCCUCUGAGUCAAAAAUUUCUUCAGGAGGUUCCUCAAUAUCUGGUAAUUUUGCAAUUUAGCACUCAUCCUUUGAUUACACGUCUAUGA